UUAUCUGCUUAACCCAGAGAUUGCCCUGUCCUACCAUCCACUAUUCUAGGGGGUAGAGAUCAGAAGAAUAUGGAAUAAAAUACUUGUUUGCCAUACACAAAGUUGAGGAUAAGUAGUGUAGCUUGUAGGCUGGUCUUGAGCAUAUAAUUCUGGUGGUGCUAGAUAUGGCAUCUUGUUAGUGCACAUACAUAAAUAUACAACCGCCUGUUGAGUAGAUUGCUACAUUUGCCUAACCAGAUAGGAAGCAAAGCUGGAUAUAGUUUUCACGGUGAAAAGAGAAAGCGGAGAAAGUCAUGGCAGAUACUGAGAAAUUGAUCAAAACGCCUGAAAACUAUGCCGCACUGGCAUCAUCAGAACCGGAAGGAGCGUGUGACACCAGCAGUGAUUCGGAUUUGCAUUUGAGACGGAAAUGGUGGGCAAGGGUUUUCAUGUAUAAUCCGUUCAACUAUUUCCUUCCUCGUCGAUAUGGCGUUGCGACUCUCGCGUUCUUGGGUUUCUGCAACGUCUACUCGCUCCGAGUCAAUUUGAGCGUGGCGAUAGUGGCGAUGACUGCCCCCAAGACGGAGGGCGAAAAGCCGGCGUUCGAUUGGGACUCGCAACAGCAAGGCUUGAUUUUGAGCACGUUCUUUUAUGGAUACAUUUUUACCCAGAUUCCGGGUGGAUGGCUGGCUAAUAAACUGGGUGGGAAGCGUGUUUUUGGCUAUGGCGUGUUGGCAUCGUCCGUCUUAGCCAUGAUAACACCGGUGGUGGUGACCUAUGCUGGGGUGAAAGGAUUGAUGGCCGUUCGAGUUUUGCAAGGAUUGGCGGAAGGUGUGGUCUAUCCUAGCAUUCACGCAGUGUGGUCGCAAUGGGCACCCAUCACGGAAAGGUCGCGGUUGGCGACAAUUGCAUUUUCCGGUUCCUAUGUCGGUACCGUGAUUGCCCUUCCGAUCUCUGGAAUUCUUUCUGAUCUGUAUGGAUGGCACAGUAUUUUUUAUGCUUUUGGCGUGCUGGCGUUUGCAUGGGCAGUAUUUUGGAUGAUCACUGUUGGUGAUAGCCCAUCGGAGGAUAAGAGAAUUUCUGAGGAUGAGAUUGAUUACAUCGCAGCAAGUAUCAAUGCUGGAGGGUCUGCAGCUAAUCGCCACAAGCCACUGCCAUGGUGGAAGAUGAUGACUUCGCUACCAGUCUGGGCAAUUAAUUGUGCACAUUUUGCUGAAAAUUGGGGAUUUUACACGCUCUUGACCUUCCUGCCCCGGUUCAUGAAUGACAUGUUUGACCUGGAAAUGAGUCAGGCCGGUUUACUGUCUGCCCUCCCUUACAUGCUCAUGGCUGUCGUGGUCCAACUAGCCGGAUUCAUGGCGGAUUAUGCUCGAGUUCAUUACGCCAGUACCACUGUGGUUCGAAAAACCUUCACAUGUGUGGCGUUCAUCUGUCAAACGAUCUUUAUGAUUUGUGCCGCAUAUGUGGGAAGCCCUGGUUGGGCGAUGGCAUGUCUAACAUUCUCGGUGGGUCUGGGUGGAUUUGCGUGGGCCGGUUUCAGCGUCAACCACUUGGACAUUGCUCCGCAAUACGCUUCUGUAUUGAUGGGUAUAUCGAACACGUUUGCAACCAUUCCUGGAUUGAUAUCGCCCUAUCUUGCCGGAAAAAUGCUACAACAUGGAUCAACAAGUACGAUUGGAGAAUGGCGAGGAAUAUUUUCAGUCUCUGCAACCAUUUACAUGGUCGGGGCCCUGCUCUAUGGAUUGCUAGCGUCCGGCGAACAACAAAAGUGGGCUGGACCAUCUGCCGCAGAAAUUGCCGGAACUGCUAUCGAAUCAGAUUGAAAUUGAGAAACGAAAUGAAAUUCAUCUUAUACACCUCACAGUAUUGUUGAUUCGAAUAUGUUAACUGUUGAUGUUGUGAAUUAUUUUUGCAGUUUAGUAAUCUAUGUUUUCUAUAAAAAAAAUAGUUUUGAUUCGUAUUCCAAUUAUUUAAAAUUCCGUAAAGAAAAAUUAUGACCAAAAUUUGAAAAUCACUCAUAUCUACUAAAAUCGUCCUCUCUAAUCUAAUCCGGCAACAAAUUAGCGACAACUUGUGAUGAUACCAAGUACAUACACUUUUAAUCAACUCAUCAACAAAUUCCCCAUUCGACCACUAAUUCUCUACCUACCUGGACAAUCUAUAUACUCUUGUGAAAAUAUGUUAUCGAUCUCUCUUCCUCUCUGAUGAAAAAUUGUACCUUUUUGUGAAAAUUAAUUCUAUGCACUUAUUAAUCAUCUCAUACAUUUUUGAGAAACGAGAAAUAAUUACUGCGAUUGUUAUUUGCUUGAAACACAAAUAUUAAUAAAUAUAAAGGUAGAUGGUCAGAUA